UAACGUCUUAACAUCAAAAACGUUCUAGUAAUUAGUUUGUCUCUUUGUUUUUUAAUGUGUUUCUUGGAAAUAUUAAUUUCAAUAUUUAGAUAUAUUUAAGUGAAAAAAUAUAUUUUGCACUUCUUCGAACUUUUACUACGUGCUUUAUCUAAACCUCGAGACAUUAUAAUACACAUCAUCCGGCGACAUAAGAAAGAUACACUUGCUAAAUUAGUCAUUGUACUUGUUUCCGAAUCACCAUGGAGUUCUCAUCAUUUAUGAACGAGUCGCAAACGGUUCUUGUACAACAAUCAUGGCCGAAACUAGUCUCAAAGAGUUUUUGGAGUUCGUUUUAUCUAAAUCUGUUUGAGAGGAGUCCGUCGUACCAAUUGUUCUUCAAUCGUUUCGCUCGUGUCCCACGCGAAGAGCUCCAAUUCAACGUUCACUUCUUGGCACACGCGUCUAGGACCGGAUUCGCAUUUAAUGCUGCUAUUGAUCUUUUGGGUAACUCACUAGAAUUUCGUCGAAUCCUUGAAGACCUAGGAGCAAAACAUCGACAAUUUCACCUCACAGCCGAACAUUUUCAAAUCGUCAAAGACGUACUAAUGGAUUGCAUCGAGAACCGUUUGAAGAACGAAUCGAACAACACAGAACGAACGUUGACAGAGUCGUGGAAACUGUGCAUCAGCUUGGUGAUCGGAGUCAUUAAAGAUUCCGCGAUUGGGGACAUACAUUCGGACGCAUCGAUGACGCGCAAACCUAACUGACGUAGAAAUAUGAAUACAAAUAUGCCACUUAUAUUACAUACACCAUUUCUGCAAUCGAUACCCAAGUGUUAACGAGAAGGAAACUAAACAUCUAACUAAUCCAAGAGUCGUGUACCCUAAUCUUAAGUAAUUUGCGUGCUACAUUAUAUUGAUUAUUAUACUUAUUAUCAUACAAGAAUAUAUAAAUAUGAGUUAAUGCAUUUUCUCAAAAUCACAAGCAUAUCACCAGACCAAUUACACGUCUAUACUAUACAAAGCUAAUGAUAAGUAUUUGUAAACAAAGCAUAAAUUAUUAAUAUUAACAUUCUAUGUAUAUUCUGUCUUAUGGAUCUCGGAGUAUUGACUGAAAUUCUUCCAAAACGUUUAAUCUUCUGUCAAAUAAAUAAAAGGAAAAGAUCCAUUGGAAUUUCAUAAACAAGAAAUUUUGACCAUGCUUAAUAUAUAUGAAUUAAUA